CAGCCGGAAAUGAUGUACGUAAUGUUGAUGAAACCUGAAACAUGUAAUCGUGUCAUCCUCGUCGCAAUAGAUGCUCACGACGUAACAGUUUUUGUAAUUGACCGAUUUUUUUCUAAGAAUAUUUUCGGAGCGAAAAUGAAUCCUUCCAGAAGAAGCGAAAGUGAUUGGCAGGGUCUGGUGAAUGAGUUCCUGGUAUGCAAGAGAAAGCUGGAGAGCAAGAAGGAGGCACUGCUGAUCUUAUCAAAAGAACUGGACACCUGCCAGCAGGAAAGGGAUCAGUUCAAACUGAUGGCAAAUCAGCUCCGUGAACGCCACCAAGGGCUCAAGAAAAAGUACAGAGAGCUUAUAGAUGGUGACCCUUCUCUGCCUCCUGAAAAAAGAAACCAAGUCAAUCUGGCCCAGUUACUUAGAGACUCACGAGAACAGAACAAGCAGCUGAGCGAGGAGAUGAAAGAACUGAAGCAACGUUUAGCAGAGGUGCAGGGUGAUAACAAGCUGCUGAGGAUGACCAUCGCAAAGCAGCGUCUAGGGGACGAAGAGGUGGGGACUCGUCACUUUCCAGCCCAUGAAAGAGAAGAUCUUGUUCAGCAGUUAGAAAGAGCUCGAGAGCAGAAUGAAGCACUGGAACAAAGCUUAAAGGCAGCCACGGAUGAAUUACAGGACGUGAGAGCAGAGCGUAAUGUCUAUCAGGAGAAAGCUCACAGACUAAACCUGGAAAUUAACCACAUCUUGGGAAGCCACGAGAAUCGCAUCCUGGAUAUUGAUGCUCUGUGUAUGGAGAACAGAUAUCUGCAUGAGCGGCUGAUGCAGCUUCAGGAGGAGGUCAGUCUCCUCAGAUCAAACGUCAUGAAGUACAAGAGUGCUUUGGAAAGCAAGAAGAACUGUAAAGUCUAUGGCAAGUCCAACAGCAGCGCUCUGACAGGAGUCCUCUCUGCUAAACAAGUACAAGAGCUGUUGCUGUCUGAGGAGAAUGGCUGCAGUCUGCCGGUCACUUCACAAUCCAUUAGUGACCUGAAGUCCCUGGCCACUGCUCUGCUGGAGACCAUUCAUGAGAAGAACAUGGUCAUUCAGCAUCAACGGCAAACCAACAAGAUCCUGGGUAACCGGGUCGCAGAACUUGAAAGAAAGUUGAAAACAUUAGAGGUGUCAGGGUUGUGGAGUCUGCCAGGCAUCACCUACAAUGUGUCUCUCGGACUAGGGAGAAGGAAAGCCGUUAUUGUCCUGAGUGACUCUCAGCAUGUCCAGUCCACCACAGAACAGUCUGUCCAUCUGACCCCAGAGUCAAUGGCAGGAGAUGAGGAGAUUGUUACUGGAGAAGAGGUGACAGAGGACACUGGACUCAGUACAGAUUUCAGCCCAGAGGAGUGUCAAGCCGUGGCAGUCGAGCUGAACCAAGAGAGUGAUUAUUUCAACCACACUUGUUCAGUCUCACACACUCCACACUUCAGUAAUCCUGUGGAGAGCACACAGAGUAAAACCCUUGCUUGUUGUGUCUCUGAGAAGCCUGUGUGUCCUCCUGAGAAGGGAUCAGAACAACAUAAUAAAGUUCUCACGAGCCGUGGAUGUCAGUCUUCGAACACAGAAGCAUCUUUGAAAGAUUCAGAAGAAGAGGCUGAUGUGGAGAAUGAAGUUCCUGUUGCUCAUUCUGAGGAGGACUGUGAUAGUCAGGGUGUAUUAGAGGACAGUGGGCCCGUGGCAUCAGAGACCUUCAGCAGUUCUGACUGUGUUUCUGGAUCUGAGUCAAAUACACCGGAACAGCAAACAGAGCGAUCAGUCGAAGAAGAAACGGAGAAUGUUGUUCUGCUCAAACCUCAUCGCACCGGGAUUGAACCUUCAUGAUGAAAUUUAAAGCCCCAUCAGUUAAAAUAAAUGUUCUGAUUCAGACUUUGGCAAAAGAAUAAAAACAAGAACAUUUGAAUGUCCAAAUGAAACCUGUUCCAGUUAAGCUAAAAGCAAACUACAAAGUUCACCGUGAGGCAAGCUGGUAAAACCAGCAAGCUGAAUAUUAAAAUCAACAGUAGAGUUAAAUUCCUGACAACAGUCAAUGUCUUUCUGGAGGUUUUAAUAAUCAUCAAGAAUCUCAAAUGAAACCGUAGAUGUGACGUCACUUAACCAGCAAGUUCAUUUUUCUGGCAUUGUUAUGAAAUCAUUUUAAAGACACAUCUCUAUGUAUUUUGACAAUGUUAAAUACCUUCGUAAUUACAUCUAGUGUAUUUUGUGGAUAAAAAAAAUGACAAUUUUGACUUCUAAUUUU